AUGCGCGAUACUCCCUCCAAAUUCAUCGAGAUUCUCGAUCCAAAGGAUACAUCCCGCAUGUCUGACUCGGACGUCCGCUUAGAAGAUGUCCUCGCCGAUCAUGAAGCGUUUAGCAGUCGGCCCCGCUCCUCUACACAAUCCUCCACCAAGCCCAGUGAUAAAUCCAUGUCACGUCGAGACUCGACCUCUCCAACGCCACGCUGGAAGCGUUUGAGCAAUAUCCUCGUGCAGCCGCGUCGGAACUCUUAG